AAGUCGCCGAACCUUGUUGAGUCUUAUUGCUGCUGGGGUGCUCGUGAGGCAGAGAGGGGGCUUCCUCGGGCAGUCGUGGGGAUCGACCUGGGCCGUUCGUUCUUGCGCAGUGUUGGCUUCACAUUGGGUCGGUUUCCCGCUGCAUUGGGACACAACUGGGGCUCGCCUUGAGCGAUUGGGCGGCGAUGUGGAUGCAGGCAUGGCAUGGGCAGCUCCUUCCAGAAGCCUGAGGCCCUGUACCGUGAGCGGUGCAAUUUGGAGCAGCAUCAGAUCUGUCAGUGUCAUCACAUGGUGCAGAGACCUAAAGAUGGUACAAGGCCUGCCGUGUACCAGCUUCACCUGUUCAAAAAGUACAGCAUCUCCUUUGAAACUCGCAGUCGCAGUGCAGAAUUUGUUGGCAGUUCCCUCAUCACGCUCGUCUCCAUUGUCUCUGUUGCCUUCCGCAUAAAUAUAUGUAUAUAUGCUCUGUCCGUGGCAUAUGUUGCUUUGGUCUCGAGGGCGACCGUUCCGUGCCAUUGCUGUUUUGGCUCUGUAGUUACAAAGGUCAGUCCGCGCGCGGGAUGGAUGGUGCACCGGCUCGACGUGGGUACCAGCCUGGCCGUGGGCUACCUCGGCAGGUGCCCGCCGCAACCAGCGUGCCCGCCGUGCCUGGCCUGCUCGCUGAGCUGCGCCUCGCUGGCUUGCCCGGCGGCGCCUCCGUGCCCGGCUUGCCUGGCGGCCGCCUUCCAGGCGCCCGCGGCGGCCGAGCCUGCGCUGGCCGCAGCUCCGCCGCUCCAGGCGGGAACGGCGUGCGCGGCGUGCGUGGAGGCCCCCUGCGUCUGCUGAGGCUGGGCCUGGCUCGUGAUCGGCAUCGCGUGCGGAGUGUUCCUCACGCUCGCGGUUCAGGCGUGCGCGCGCAUGACUCAGAGGAUCGUCUCGUCGGCGACUCAAGGCAAGGGCUCUGGCAAGGGCAGCAGCCAGGCGUUGGUCGACAACACCGACGCCAGCGACGACGUGGCUACACCAUGGUUUGUGAGGAGGCGAAAUGGCGGGUCGAACGCUUGACGUUCCAGAACGACAGAUAUUAAUUGAUUAUUUCGACGACCGAACGGGUUCAGAUGGCACAUGAG